GUGGCGCAGAAAAGUAUGUGGUUUGAGCCGCUACAUGUACUGAGAGUUUGUCAAAUUACUGACCUCAGAUUUCAGCCGUUUAAUUUAUAGUCCAGGUAGUUUAUUUCAGUCGGCUGAUAUGCUUCCACUAUCUUUACUGAAAACAGCACAGAACCACCCAAUGCUGGUGGAGCUGAAGAAUGGAGAGACCUACAACGGUCAUCUGGUCAGCUGUGACAACUGGAUGAACAUUAAUUUACGAGAAGUCAUCUGUACCUCCCGCGAUGGAGAUAAGUUUUGGAGGAUGCCUGAAUGCUACAUCCGAGGAAGCACUAUCAAAUACUUGCGGAUCCCUGAUGAAAUCAUCGACAUGGUGAAAGAGGAAGUUGUCUCCAAAGGCCGUGGCAGGGGUGGCAUGCAGCAGAACAAACAGCAGGGAAAGGGCAGAGGAGGUGGCGCUGGCCGAGGUGUGUUUGGUGGCCGCGGACGAGGCAUACCAGGUACUGGCCGUGGACAGCAGCAAGACAAAAAACCUGGAAAACCACAGGGUGUCAAAAACCAGCACUGAACACACAGUACCUCCUCUUUUUUCUGUAUCUUUUGUUCUUCUCACCAGAUGUAGACUACUAGCAUCUAACUUCUCAUUGCAUUGCAGAACAUUUCCUUCCCACAAUCAGAUUUUAAUUUUGGACAGAUUAGUAUUAAAAAAUGUUUUGCAUCACAUGUAACCAAGCAGCUUUCUAAAGAAAAACAAACCAAAACAUUUUUCUUUGGAUAUGUUUCUGCAUAGUACAUGUGAUAUGCAAACAACAAAAUUUCAGGUUUGAUGUACUUUCAUAUUUCAUAGACUGUCAAUUAAAAAAAAAAAAGAUCAUUUGGGAUGCCCCGGAUAUUUUCAAUUUUAGUUUGGACUCUUCAUUAACAAAAAUGGCAUCCGUUUUCUGAAGUAAGGUAACUAUUUUUAUUUCCUCCGUGGUCUUUGGGUUUUGGUUUGAGUUUCUUUGUUUUGUUUUUACCUGACAUGUCUGUUUUUGUUUUGGAAUAGAUAUGCAGUUAUGCUGUAAAUUAUGUGCAGUGAACUUGUCAAUAAACGUUUUUUGUUAUUUGU